AUGACCCGCCAUCGGAGGGCCCCCGCCGGCCGGCCUCGCACCAGUGCUCGGACGGACAGUUCCUCCGGCCUGUGGGUUCGCCUCUAUGGCCCGGGACAUCCACGGGGGGCUCGCCGCCUUUCCGUGCCGGGAUCAGGUGGGUUGGUGUGGUUAAAGCUUGCCACCUGCCCACCCCUCAGCCCCGGUGACUGCAGCAAUGGCUGUGGUUUCAGAUUAAAAGACGAAUCAAAGCUUCAGCAAAACGGAAAUCAGAAAAACACGAUUCAGCGCAGCGUCGCCCCCUUCAGGCUGCAGCCGUCAUUACAACCACGACGCGUCUUCUUCCUCCUGACAGCAGCAGCAGUCUUCCUCAGUGCGUCCAUAGUCCGGCCUCAGAUGGAGGAGAAAGCAGACGGAGGAGGAGGAGGAGGAGAAGGAGGAGGAGCAGGAGGAUACUACCGGGCGGCCAAGCGGCUCCGGACGGAGGAGCAGGCCGGAGGAGAGGAGCAGGAGGCCGGGGAGGAGGAGCAGGAGAACUCCGCCGGAGAAGAGGCAGCGAGGAGCGGACUCACGCAGAGCAGCAGCCGGCGGCUCCCAGCGGAGCUGAUGGAGACGAUGGGCUUCCCUCAGGAUGAAGUGAUGAAGGUUUUGGAAGGUCAGAAAUACAACGAGGUGACGGCUACGUACCUGCUGCUGGGGAAGAAACCUGCUGAGUUUGAAGGCAGUGACUCUCUGACCAGUGGUAAUCUGGGUCAAAGGUUGCGACCCACCAGCGAACUCAAUGGCACCACUCAGUCCCCCGCUCAGUCUCGUGGCGCGUCGGCCACUCAGAAGCAGCGGCGUUUCAGCGACCACGUGGCGCCCUCCAUCCCGCCGCCCGUCUCCUACACUAAGCGUUGCCAUGCCAACAGCGUAGAGAGCGACAGGAAGGAGGAGCUGGGCGACACGCCGGCUUCACCAAUGGGAGCGCCGGACCGCCGGAAGUCAGCGACGGCCUCAGGGAACAUCACUCGGAGGAACACGUAUGUUUAUGAGAGGACGAGCACCGAUCGCCACUCGGCUGUUAUUCCCAACGGGAAGGACAGCAGUCUACCAGAGGUACCUUCUGCAUCGCCCUCCCCAUCGCCGGGGGCAACCGUCUCGUCUACUCGGCCCCGUCACGUUAAGUCCAUGUCGGCGUCAGGACAUCCGAUGAAGUCCUGCCUGCCGCCUAUCGACGACAACGCAGAGUACAGAGCCCCCCCCCACCAGCCCCCGUCAUCACCGUCAGCCUUCAGCGUCACCAGCAGCAGCAGCGCCACACCGGACCGGACCCGCUUCCCCCGCAACUCCUCCAGCCGCUCCACCUUCCACGGCGCUCAGCUCCGAGACCGACGCCCCGCCACCUACAACGGCCCGCCGGUGUCACCCAGCCUGUCACCGCACGCCGCCGCCUCGAUGGCCACGCCCCGCCGCGGCACCUCCACAUCCCUCAUCGGCAAGAUCACCUCCAAGUUCGUACGCAGGAGUUUAUCAGGUGAGCCUAAAGAGGAGGGCCGGGACUCCAAGCCUCGCUCCCUGCGCUUCACCUGGAGCAUGAAGACCACGUCCUCCAUGGAGCCAGGGGACAUGAUGAAGGAGAUCCGGAGGGUUCUGGACGCCAACAACUGUGACUACGAGCAGCGUGAGCGCUACAUGCUGUUCUGCGUGCAUGGCGAUGCGCGGCAGGACAGUCUGGUCCAAUGGGAAAUAGAGGUGUGCAAACUGCCGCGCCUGUCACUGAACGGCGUGCGGUUUAAACGGAUCUCUGGAACAUCCAUCGCCUUCAAGAACAUCGCCUCCAAAGUGGCCAACGAGCUCAGGCUGUGAUCACGUGACGGCGGAUACCUCUGCUCCUCUUCUUCACAGGACGACGCCCCACCAAGUGACGGCAUCCCUCUUGUGUUUAGCACUAUUGCAGGAUAACUGCUGUAUAAUUCUUUGAAAAUACACAUUAUUAUACUCAUCACAACUACUAUUUAAUGUCACUAAAUGUUUGCCAGUAAAACCAAAUAUUAAAACCACUGGUGGUGCAGGUGUUCAUCAGGAUGUGGUCCGUCCCUCAACCACAUCGAUGAGAUCCAGAACAAAGACAAGCUAACAGACAGAGAGCUCAGUUUGUUUGCUAGCACUGAAAUCCAUCUGUCAUCACAGGUCAUCAAAGGUCCACUGAAGGGAGACUUGUAGUUUCUGCACUUUAGAAAUCAGAUUGUGAAAAGGUUUUGCAGGUAAACUAACCUGGUUUCUUUGAUCAGGAACUCAAACUGCAUGAACUCUGGAGUUUUACAGCUGUGAUAUUAUUGCAGAGCCUUAACCUGAUUUCUGUCAGUAAUCUGGUUUCUGGAGUGCAAACAUGACCUGAACAAUAGAUGAACAGCUAGCUAGCAGUGUAUGUAGUUACAGUGUAAAACACUAAUAUUCAUCGAACAUGUAUCUGUCACCAUGUUGCUUUGUGAUGGUGUAAAACUGAUUUUAUUUGUUGCACCGCUGCUAGAGAGCCAGCUUAGCUUGCUUACCAGUUAAUUCACCAUUAAUCUUCGCUAUGAGUAAAACAGUGUUCAGACUGAAUGUGAGGUGAUGUGAUCGCAUAUAAAGGUUAACGCACUAACAGUUCCUUUAUGCCUUGUAUUAAAAUGUAUCUCAUAUGUAGAUUUAACUUGAUUACAUUGAUAUCUGGUAUUAAUAUGUGGCUCCAGUGUCCACAUUGACAUCUGAUUGAGAUCCGAUCGCUCAAUGAACCGAAUCUCACAUCGUCGUCUCGUUUGCGCGGGUCUAAAAAACAACAACAACAACAAAAAGGGGGUGGUAGCUAUCUGUGAAGCUGGGCCAUGUUUGGACUUCUGCUUGUGGGGGAAGAAGCUAUCUGUCACAACUGGAAUGCCGAAGACAAAAGGGAGGAGAAUGCUGUUUCUAUGCAGCUGCUUUUAUCUGAGCGGUGGUCAGUGGCGCUACUGUCCAGAGGACGAUCGGGAUGCAGGAACGCCGUUGAGACUGGUGGGAGAGGAAAGUGAUGAGGACGGUUAAUGCAUGAAGACUGGAUGUCAAACCUUCGGAGGCCUCUGUGCCCAGUGUUGCCAACUCCUCAGUAAGGAAAGUAGCUAUUGGCUGACCUAAAAGUCGCUAAAUGACGUCAUCGCAUAAUUUGAAUAAUUGUCCAUUUACAUGUAAUUGUAAUGGACGCUGUAGGAGAGAGGAAUAACGUCUUGGGAGAGACAAAAAGUGAGUUAAAAAAAACCCUAAAUAUGUUUAGAACUACAAAUGAACAAUUUUGUUCUGUAUUGUUAAUUGUUAGAAUAUCAAAUUUAAUCAAAAAACUGUUUUGCGGGGUGGAAUUGCACAUGUUGCAGUCUGGACGCAGAGUGGUGUGGGUCUCCUCUCUGCUCUGACUGCAGCAGGGUCUGCUACGUGAGGCUACUGUGAACCUGACUGCUUGUGAGUGCUUUGGGACGGGGGAGGGGCUCACGGCAGCACCCGCAGCUCGUUGACGACAGUAACUGCAGAGCGAUACGUGCUUUCACUUCAGAGUCUCCAAUAACACC